AUGCAGCAAGACUUUUCGAUGGAGGAGAGCAGACGCAAUCACCUUCCUGGCCAGAGGUUCUGCCCCAUGGAAGAUGAACUAGUUCUCUUCUAUCUCAAGCCCAUGUUGAGCGGACAGAACGUGCCCGGCAGAAACCGCGUGGUGUUCGACUGCGACCUCUACGGUCACCAAGAACCUUGGGAGAUAUGGGAGGCCUUCAAGACCAAAAGACCACACAACUUGAGGCUCAACAAGGACAUCUACUUCUUCACCCAACACAAGAAGAUGAGUUCCACAGACAAGCGUGUGCGCCGGAAUGUUGGAAGUGGCACCUGGAAGGGCGACGACUCCGGCAAGCCAGUACGAUCUGUUGAAACUGGUCGUGCUGUUGGCUUGAAGAAAAGAUAUACUUACAAGAACGAAGACUCGGUGCACAAUGGCUGUUGGAUCUUGUAUGAGUUCUACCUUGAUCGAUCACUCAUAGACAAGAAACAAAUAGUGAAAGACUAUGUUCUUUGUCUAUUACGAAAGAAUGGUGAACCCAAAACCAAGAUCGAAAAGAAGAGAAAGCAACGUGAAGAGGAAGAGGUUCUUGAAAACAAUUAUGCCUUGGAUGAUGGAGAAAACUCAAAUAGGGAGCAAGAAGAGUUGCUUGAGCCACAAGAGAAGCGGCAACGAACGGUGCCAUCCAUUGCUAAUGCACCACUAACAAUGCCAUCAGAAGAUGAUGCUGCAUUCGCAGCUGAACUAGAAGAGUCAUUGGAAUGCUUUGAAGAUGAUAAUGCACCCUCAGAAGCUCACGCAAUUGGCUUUCAAGGUGAGGAAAAUGGUGGACAGCAACCAUUAGCCGAGAUGCAGGCAGGCCCUUCAUUCGGGGACGAUCAUGGGAUAUUUAAUAUGCUGCCGGAGGAAGAUUUUCUCUGGGAGGAACUCUUAAAAGAAAUGGGUAUAGAAAAGGACGAAUCAGUUCUUAAUGGUGAGAGUAGUAAUAUAGAUAUGGCUGAAGAAAAGGAAAAGAGCACCCUUCAUGCUCCCACAUCAUCCAUGUCUGCGGCCUAUGAUGGUUGCAAUGAUAUGCCAUAUUUAUCCUCGGGAAAAGGUUGCCUUGAUCCAUCUGGAAGCAAUAAUGUGUGUGGAGGAUCAAUUGGCUUUCAGGAUGGUGCGUACUGGGUUGAGUCUUUGGUGGAGGUCCCAAGUACGGUUGAGCAACAAAAGACAGCUGAUGAAUAUUGUUCAGAUUGGUUGGAGUCGAUCAAUUUUAGUCCUGAGGAGAACAAUUUGCUUUGGAGUGACAUGCAAUGGUGA